CACGAGCGGUAGUCAGCGCGGCGCAGCGCAUUGUGGGGCGGAGGCGGCCUUUCCUGGUGAGGCAGGCAGAGACAGACAGCUUCGCGACUGCGGGGCUGAAUUCUACGAGGGAAACCGAUAUAAGUUAGCGACUCAGGGGGUGUCUUCGCUGCACUGGUGUUACUUCAGCACCGAGCCACAUUAAAACCCGAGACAUGGCACAGGAAGAUUUAAUGAGUACCGCCGAGGACGUGGCAGACCAGUUCCUCCGCGUGACGAAGCAGUACCUGCCCCACCUGGCCCGGCUGUGCCUGAUCAGCACCUUCCUGGAGGACGGCAUCCGCAUGUGGUUCCAGUGGAGCGAGCAGCGGGACUACAUCGAGGCCACCUGGAGCUGCGGCUACUUCCUGGCCACCUGCUUCGUGCUGCUCAACCUCCUGGGACAGCUUGGUGGCUGCGUCCUCAUCCUCAGCAGGAACUUUGUACAGUAUGCCUGCUUUGGGCUGUUUGGAAUCAUCGCUCUUCAGACUGUAGCCUACAGCAUUCUCUGGGACCUGAAAUUUUUGAUGAGGAACCUGGCGUUGGGCGGCGGCCUGCUGCUGCUGCUGGCGGAGUCCCGCUCGGAGGGGAAGAGCAUGUUCGCGGGGGUCCCCUCCAUGGGCGAGAGCUCCCCGAAACAGUACAUGCAGCUGGGGGGGCGUGUUCUCCUGGUGCUCAUGUUCAUGACCCUGCUGCACUUUGACUCCAGCUUCUUCUCUAUCCUGCAGAACAUGGUGGGCACGGCCCUCAUCGUCCUGGUGGCCGUCGGCUUCAAGACCAAGCUGGCGGCCCUCACGCUGGUGGUGUGGCUCCUGGCCAUCAACGUCUACUUCAACGCCUUCUGGACGGUGCCCGCCUACAAGCCCAUGCACGACUUCCUGAAGUACGACUUCUUCCAGACCACGUCCGUCAUCGGCGGCCUGCUGCUGGUGGUGGCGCUCGGGCCGGGCGGCGUGUCCAUGGACGAGAAGAAGAAGGAGUGGUGAGCCCGCCGGGCCUCGCCCCAAAACCUUCGCCGAAACCUCGCCCGGGACACGGGGGUUGGGGGGGACCCCGGCGACCCGGUACCUGCAUCGUCAAAACACCGCAGUGACGGCAUGCUCCGUCUCUGUCUCUCUCUCUCUUUCUCUCCCCCUCUCCCCCAUCCAUUCUUCCAGCCGUUACUUUUGUUUGUUUUAAUUAUCUCGGAAGAAUUUUUUUUAUACGUAUGUAUUGAACCCCACCUUCACUGAGAUGCCAAGAGAAAAAAAGUGACUAAAUUACAUACAUCAGGGUGAAAGGAGGCUCCUUUCUGUGGUGGUGCAUGGGUGGUGUUGCCAUUUUCCUUUUAUGGUUUUGUUUGUUUGUUUUCCUCUCUCUGUACAUCAGCACUGACACCAGCGCCCCCUGUAGGACACUGCAGGCCAUUUCAGAAAGCGUUCGUAAAUACUUCUUUUCAACGGGGGGCGUUUUGAAUGCAUCUUGUGUCUGUUUUUGGCUAUUUUAACUGGAAAUGCUCCCCCCCUACUCAGCAAACCAGAGCCAUCUUUAUUUUUGUGUUUAGGGAGGAAGAAGGAAGAGAGCGGGUGAGAGUGGGGGUGGGGUGGGUGGGAGAAACCUCCCGAAAUAGCAACGGUUUCCUAGGCCACAAACGCACAUCUUUCCUUUUCCUUUUCGACGGUGGACGCCUCUCGAUCUCCGUAUCGAUGUCGACGUCCCGCAGCACUGAGGACUGUGUUCACGCUCUCUUCCGGAAGGUUCCGAGCCCGUCCGUCAAAAGAGCCCCGCCAAACCCCGCCGCUCGGCGUGCCGGUCUUUCAGAGCCCUCCGGUUUUAGGGACGGGAGCCAUGAAAACAGGAGAGGGGGGUGCGUCGUGUACCCCUUUUUCAAAAAAUGUAGAAGUAUAACAAAAAAAAAAAAAAAAAAAACGAAUUUGGCCU